CUUUCCUCCUGGUUCCUUCCUCCUGCCUCCGAGCGUACACCGAGGAAGUCUACCUUAGCCGUGCUUCAGGGCAGGGACAGUGCCACCAGGGACCCGGUGCUCCGCUCGAUUCAUGCAGCCAGCCGCCUGACGAUACCUAACCCGGUAAGCCCCCAGGGCCGUGCGACAGGCCACAUGUGGGGUGUCUAGGAUGUCAAUGUGUUAACUAACAGGGUACCUAUCUUGGUUGCUGCAUAGCUAAUAUUUCGCCUAUCGUGAUGGCAAUGCCAAACUUGUCGCUUGGUAUCCCAAAUGCUCCUAUCAUCUACCCAGAGGAAAGAAAACAUCCAUAUCACUUACAUUUAGAUGACGGGUAUCCCGCCGCUGCUGCCUGUCCAAAAAGAAGCGGAACCAUCCGCGGCGCGGUUAUCCUCCUUCCCAUUGGAGCUUCUCCCAUCCUCUCUCGAAUCACGUCAGAAAACACCCAGCUUUUCUCGAAGGACUGCCAACGUGGAAGCGGGUUUGCGAACGAUCUCCCAAUCUCAGCGUCGUCCCCAGCGAGGGCUGCGAGGCACAUGCCUUGCGGAAUUCCGUACAGCAAGCAAGGAUCGAGACCACGUGGGUUCCAAGAAGAUGGAAUGCGUUCCUGUCAAAAAGCCCAUGAACCAAACGACAGCUACGGAGUAUUAACGUUGUAUAGGUACAGUACAUUCUUGGUCAUGCAAGCGACUUGGAAACCAUACCCGAAUACCCUUGGCUAUCCGUACAGCACGAUUAGCACAACGCUUACCUCAUAAAGCUGUUGAACCUUCGACUAUCCAAUUCGGCUAAGGUGCUUGUCUGUACAGUACAUACAGCCUCGACAAUGUUUGAACUCAACUAGUUCAGCAUAGAAUAGCGGGUUCCUGCAGCCCGGGCCGUCUGGGUCGCCCUCUGAAUCUCCAGAGCUAUAGCACGGUACU